GCGAGAACGAAUGAAGGAGAGAAAAGCAACAGAAAAAGCUAAGCAAAGUGAAAGACACUAAUACUAAUUACGCUCAGCCGCUUUAAACUAACUAGGGUUUGCUGUCCAAAAAGAGCUGAGCCGCAGAUGCGGACAGUCCGCUGAGGCGCUGUCGAGAAGGCAGGCUCUCCGUUGUGUUUUUGCAUCCGAGGUUGUCCAAGCGACGCAGAAGACGAGAGUAAUGCACGUCUGAGCAUCGGACGGAGGCAAAAGGACCAAAAUGAAGGUGACCAAGGAGGCGCUCGAGGCGAGCCAAAAGGCAAUGCGGCGCCACAGCGGCGCCGCCGUCCCAACCCUCGACCCAGCGUGCGACGAUGUCAUCGCCGACGUCGACACGCAUUCGGUCACUUCGGUGUUUUUUUCGGACGGGAUGCUCGGACAGGCUCUGCUAUCACAGGAUUUGAACUUUUCCGCGCCAAAUGAUGAAAAAGCCAAGUCUACUGACGCCGAUCUAAGUCUUUCCAAGGCCAAUGGACCAACACUACCACCAAUGUCGGCCCUGUCGAGGGGAGCCGUUCCUAGGCUGGACCAUUUGACAGAGCCGCCGGUUCAAAUCGACACUGGUUUGCUGGAUGGAUUGCACGUCGACGACUUCACCAACGGUUACAAGCUGUCCACUUCGCCAGGACUGCUGAAUGGCACGAUUUCCAUGGCGGAGGUGCACCCUGAUCGUGACCAAUUGAUUGGAGGGCCGCCUUCCGCAGGAGACAAGGUUCCUGAGGCGAUGUUUGAAACUCCAUCGUCGCCGCCCUUGCCCGCCGAGACAGACGUGGCUGGCUCAUUGCUGCUAUCCAGCUCCAGAGGACCGUUGCCUACCAUAUCCAGCAGCCAGGUGUCCUCGCUGCUAUCAGCCCUCAAUUCCGACCUUUCCAACCCAGAGCUUGAGCUCUCCCCACCUAGGAAAAUGAAUGAGUCACUCGAAAAGGUUGAUCUUUUGAUCACACCGGAGCGCGUGUCCACCCUGACGCAAACAGACAGCCUCGAUGGCAUUGACUGUCUAAUCCCCUUGUCCACGCCAGAAGACAAGUCACCCGCCAUGAUGACCAUGAUGUUCCCAAGGUUCAUCAAACCUGAUCCGCAGCCCUCUCCUUCCCCUCCCAUACCGCCGCCUGCACCACCUCCACAACCGCCUCCUCAGGUGGUGGUUAAACAAGAGAAACCUAAACGGAAGACCAAACCUAGGACCAAAAAAUUGAUUCCGCUUGCGCCGGCACCGCAACCUCCACCUCCUGCAGAAAGUGGGACAACUGCAGAACGCGUUUGUUGUUUCAAGUGUUCCUCCUGCCCCUUCCUGAGCAUGGACAAAGAAGGUGUUGAUCAACACAUCAAGGAGGAGCACGCGGUCAACAAGUCAGCACACACUGGUCCUGCUGGUGGAACAGGCAGCCACCAGCAGCAGCAGUAUCUCACUGAACCUGUCAACCAGGAGCUCAGGUGCCCUGGCUGUCCCAACAUAUUCUUCAGUCCAGAUUCUCUUAAGGUACACCUAAUCCACGAUCACAGAGUGGACGAAAAGGACACUCCUAAGAUCAUAAACUGUCUGCGAAUAGUGACGAGCAUCCCCAUGCAGCAGCGCUCUUCGGCAGAGCGGCAGCGUUCUGUUGAGCGACAGCCUGAGCCGCCCCCACCUCCGCCUCCGGUGAAGGUGCAGCAAGCGCCAGAAUCGGUUGAGUACAUUCCUAUUGUGGACGUGGAAGAGACCAAGAAAAGCAGCAGAGUCAAGAAGGAGGCGAAAAACACGGAGGCGUACGCGGCUAAAAACUUGGAGGUGUACACGGAUGACGCAGGCAAAAUCAAAGUGAGAAAUCUCAAUGGUGCACCUGCCGUGGAUCCUGCGGCCCCUGAAACCUCCAGUGGCUCUGGGGGAGACGCUUGUGAGAGCUCAGAUCUCGAUGCUAUCGAGGAGGAAGAUGAGGAGGAGGAAGAAGAGGAGGACGAGAAGAAAAAGAAGGGCAGACCUAAAGGCUCCAAAAGUAUAGGCAUCACUGAAUUUAAAAGACAAAAUCCAUCUUUUAGGCUUGGUGAAAAAGAGCUGGGCUACAGAUGUGCGGUGUCGGGUUGCGCAACGCGGAUGCGUUCUCAUGACAACAUUGAGUACCAUCGCAAAUGCCACAUGCCUCAGAAUAGCGACGGAUCAAGCGACUAUGCUUGCCCUGAGUGCGACCAGAAGUUUGGCCAAUGGCGGGUGUUGUCAAUGCACCUGUGGCGGUCCCACACAAUCGACAUGGAGUUGUACACCUGCGAUAAGUGUGACUUCAAGACCAACAGCCACAGCAUGCUCAUCAACAUUCACAAGCGCAUACAUGGUGAGGAGAAGCCCUUUUUGUGUGACGCCUGCGGGAAAGGAUUCAAGACAAACAAGCAGCUCCGUAACCACAGAGCGAUUCACACGAGCGGCUCUAGGCCUCGCUCUGUGCAUGGCGGCGUUUGCGACAUUUGUGGUCGCAAAUACGCAGACAGGCGGAUGCUGCGUAUGCACAAAGACACAGUACACGCCAAACUGCGGCCCUAUCUGUGCAACUACUGCGGCUACUCAGCUUCCUCUAGGUCGACCCUGAAGAUGCACAUGCGCCAACACACGGGUGAGAAGCCUUUCGCUUGCACACACUGCGAUUACCGCACUUCAGACCACAAUUCGCUUCGCCGACAUCUCAUGAGGCACUCUGGACAGACCAAGUACCGGUGUCCACACUGCGACUACGCAUGCAUACAGUCCAGCACUUACAAGGUGCACCUGAAAACAAAACACCCUGGAUUAGAUGAGGGUCUAUUGUUCUCGUGUUCAUUCUGCUCAUUCCGAACCAUCAAAAAGGAGAACUACGACAUGCACAUGGUCACCCAUACGAAUGAACCUCCUGCCACAACCGUCCCUGAAGAGACCCCACCCCCAACUCCUGACAGGAAGAGAAAGCUUGCGCCCAACCCUCAGUCUGGGCUCCCUGAUACCAAUAAAGCUGUCCCCAAUGGCAGUGCCCCUCCCUCCACCACUGCCGUCUCCAACAAGGCUAAAAUCGCCAAAAAGACUGAUCAAGCUAAGAAUACCCAACUUAAAAGUGAACCUAAGAAAAAAGCAAAAGCUGCAGUGAAGCGAGCAGCCGUUCCAGUUGAGUCUGCCGCCACAGCUGCCAACGUCAAAACGACAGUAACCGCCAACGGCACAGCAAAACCACGUCCUGCAACUAAGCCGCAGUCUGCUACCCUUCAACAGGUGUCCUCAAACAACUUCUUGGCUGCCCUUGAUACCUUCACUCCGGUCACUAGCCAAAACUGCUUUGGUGUGGAGGACCGACGGUAUCCACUUCUGUCCUCGCAACUGCGCCUCACCACCGCGGACCCCAUCACUGCAACCAGUCCGAUGAUCACACUACUUGAUGGCAGACAAUUUCUGCAGGUGGCAUCAGCUGGCGAGAUCAUAAUGCCUGUCAUCCUUGCCCCUCAGGCACUCCAAUUAGCAUUAUGUGGAAGUGAGCCAGAGCAAAUCUCCAAUGAGCUGCUGGAAGGUGCAGCCGUGGCGACGGGCACCACAAUUGUGAUGAACGGAGCUGAGUUGGCCGAAGUCAAGUGUAAGGUGUCAGACUUGAGCAAAGGCAGCUAAUUCAUUUAUACCGCUGGCCAACGUGCUGCUGUGGUGUUUUAUCUUUAAGUUUUUUUUAAGGACUUCUCGCCUCAUGUGAUAUGACGAACGAACGAAUUUCCUUGUGAGUCAACAGACUUAUUUAUUAUAAACCAUAAAUUAUGGUUUUGGCGAGACUUGAUUGUUUAAAGUGAUGCAUGCCAAAUAUAUAUUUGGUGUCGUUGCAUUUUGGUAGCGGAAGCAGUUUGCUUCGUCCUUUGCUAGGUUGCCUCCUUCCGAGGCUAAUAAGGUGGCCCUGCCUAAUCCCCACUUAUAAGCGCAUUUAAGAACUUAGUUUUAAUUGGUAGCUCAUAUCAGCUGUCAAGUUGAUCCAAGUAUUUGUUGAAAUGAACCUAGGUGGUAAAUGACCUAGGUUCCUCUCCGCGUCUGGCAUUAUAUCUCUUACACUGAUCCGCAAUAGAGUAUACUUAAAGGUAUACAUAUUCAUAAUAUCUGUUGGAAAAAUGAUGUUGUGUGCAUUUUGCAAUAGAGUGAUGUAUUAAAUCCGACUUGAAGCUAUUAGCUUCAAUCUAAGUCCAUAUUCGAAA